AUGGGGGGCAAAACAGCAAACAAGGCCGGCUACUUCGACAAGCUCAAGGGCUUGCUCCAGGAGUACAAGUCCAUCUUCAUCGUCGAGAUUGACAAUGUCUCCUCGCAGCAGAUGCACGAGAUCCGACACUCCCUUCGUGGUAAGGGAGUUGUCCUGAUGGGCAAGAACACCAUGGUUCGCCGAGCUCUCAGGACCUUUGUCCUCGAUACUCCCGAGUACGAGCGCAUCCUGCCUUUCGUCAAGGGCAACGUCGGUUUCGUCUUCACCAACGGCGACCUCAAGGAGGUCCGUGACCAGCUUCUCGCCAACCGUGUCGCUGCUCCCGCUCGUGCUGGUGCCGUCGCUCCCGUCGAUGUGUGGGUUCCUGCUGGAAACACCGGUAUGGAGCCUGGCAAGACCUCUUUCUUCCAGGCUCUCGGUGUCCCCACCAAGAUCGCUCGUGGUACCAUUGAAAUUACCACCGAUCUGAAGCUCAUUGAUGCUGGCAACAAGGUCGGCCCCUCCGAGGCCUCGCUGCUCAACUUGCUCAACAUCUCUCCCUUCACCUACGGUAUGGGUAUCGCUCAGGUCUACGACCAGGGCCAGACCUUCCCUCCUUCCAUCCUCGACAUCGGCGAGGAGCAGCUCCUCAAGGCCCUGAGCACUGCCAUUACCACCGUUGCCACCAUCUCCCUGGCCAUCAACUUCCCCACCCUGCCUUCCGUCAUGCACUCUCUUGUCAACUCUUACAAGAAGGUCCUGGCUGUUGCCGUUGAGACCGAGAUCACCUGGCCCGAGAUUGAGCAGCUCAAGGACCGCAUCGCCAACCCCGAUGCCUAUGCUGCCGCCGCUCCCGCCGCCGCCGCUGGUGGUGCCGCUGCUGAGGCCGCUCCCGCUGCUGAGGAGAAGAAGGAUGAGUCCGAGGAGGAGGAUGAGGAGGGCUUCGGCGGUCUCUUCGACUAA